AUGUCAUUCAACGAGUAUUCUGACUUCGAAAACGAACUAACAACCAGUGAUGGAGAAUUCGACGGAGAAUUUUCCGAUUUAGAUGAUCCUCCCGUGAUUGUUCAAUCUUUCAAUUCCAAGCUGUCCUACGAUCAUUUGGCCGACAAGUUCAUUGACUUUACGAACCAGAAUCCUACCACUUUUCAUACUAUUUCUUAUUUUAAGACACUCCUCGAGAGCCAAGGAUUUCAACUGAUCCCAGAAUCGAAACCGUUGACUCCUCAGGUAAAGAAUGACUUGAAGCUAAAUGGAGGACUUUACUAUUCUGUCAGGUCUGACUUAUCGCUCGUAGCAUUCGUCAUUGGAGCUGAAUGGAAGCCUGAAAACGGUGUGGGAAUCAUAGGAUCCCAUGUGGAUGCUCUCACAGCUAAGUUGAAACCAAUUUCUGUCAAGUCAGAUCAUGACGGCUACCAAUUACUUGGUGUAGCACCCUAUUCUGGAACUUUAAAUAAAUUAUGGUUGGAUAGAGAUUUGGGAAUUGGAGGAAAAGUUAUUGUAAAAGAUCAAAAAACUGGUAGAGUCAGCUCGAGAUUUGUUAAGUCAGCGCAUCCGAUUGCUAAAAUCCCAUCGAUUGCUGAACAUUUCAUUGAUUUUGAACAGCAAAAAUACAACAAAGAAACUGGAAUGGUCCCGAUCAUCGGGUUUACAGAAAAAGACGAUACUUCAGAUGUCACUGAUUCCGAGAAAGCAUCCCCACUUUAUGGGAAGCACUCUAUACAUCUUCUCAGAUACAUUUCCAAAUUGUCCUCAACGCCAAUCUCCCAUAUCCUCCAGCUCGACUUAGAGCUCUAUGAUGUUCAAGCUGCUACCAGAGGUGGUCUCUCUAAUGAAUUCAUUUUUGCACCCAGGGUGGAUGACAGGCUUUGUUCGUUCGCGGCUAUCUAUAGCUUAAUUCAAGUGAGUAAGUCAGUGGGAGACUUGACUUCUUACGGUGGUUUCCAGCUUGUUAAUUUGGUAGACAAUGAAGAAAUUGGUUCAGCUACAAGAACUGGAGUGAGAGGAAAAUUUAUGAAUUCUACAAUAGAUAGAGUGCUUUACGCAAGGAACUUGCCUGCAGCCACUUCUAGACAAGUUUAUGCCAAUUCUUUCAUACUUUCAGCAGAUGUUACUCAUGCGUUAAAUCCAAAUUUUGCUAGUGCCUAUUUGAAGGACCACGCUCCACUUCCAAACGUUGGGUUAACUAUAAAGCAAAACGCCAACUGGAAAAAUAUGACUGAUCUGACGGGAUUAGACGUCAUGCGGAGAAUCGCAAAGAAAAACAAGUUAACUUUACAGACUUUUCAUAUCAAGAAUGGGGAACCAUCUGGUGGAACUAUCGGUCCCAUGAUUUCCUGUGACACUGGGUCGAGAACGGUAGACGUAGGGUUGAGUCAAUUGUCAAUGCACAGUAUUAGGGCGAUGUUUGGGUAUAAAGAAGUUGGAAUAGGGGUAGAAACAUUCAGUGCCUUCUUUAAAGAUUGGCAAGAGAUCUACAAAGAAUAUGAUGCUUAA